AUCGACCCUGAUCUCUCUGUUAAACUAAAUAAUCUGUCUUUCGCAGGAGAGAGACCAGACUCAGAGGAACCAGAGCCAGAGGUGUCCAAACCAGCAAGACGACUCCACUGCUCUCUGUGUGGAAAUAGUUUCACCCGGUUAGACAGCCUGAAACGACAUGAAAGAACACACACAGGAGAGAAGCCUCAUCACUGCUCCCACUGUGGAAAGCGAUUUAGCCAGUUAGUGAACCUGAAAGAGCAUAAUAAAUUGCACACAGAGGAGAAGCCUUACCAUUGUUCCCUGUGUGAACAGAGUUUUAAACGGUUAGGGCACCUGAAAAGACAUGAGAGAACACACAUAGGAGAUAAGCCUCAUCACUGCUCCCAGUGUGGAAAGAGUUUUACCCGAUUAGAACACCAGAAAGAACAUGAGAGAACACACACAGAAGAGAAACCUUUUCAAUGCUCCCAAUGUGGAAAGAAUUUCACACGUUUAGAACACAAGAAAGAACAUGAGAGAACACACACAGGAGAGAAACCUUUCCACUGCUCACAGUGUGGGAAGAAUUUUACCCGGUUAGGGAGCCUGAUUGAGCAUAAGAAAAUUCACACAGGAGAGAAACCUUUCCACUGCUCACAGUGUGGGAAGAAUUUUACCCGGUUAUGGAACCUGAAAACGCAUAAAAGAAUGCACACAGGGGAGAAGGCUUACAAUUGCGCCCAGUGUGGAAAGAGUUUUAGGUGGUUAUGGAACCUAAAGGAGCAUGAAAGAAUACACACUGGAGAGAAGAUUUACCAAUGUUCUCAAUGUGGAAAGAGUUUUACCUGGUUAGGUGACCUGAAAAGACAUGAGAGGACACACACAGGAGAUAAGCCUCAUCAAUGCUUCCAUUGUGGAAAGAGUUUUACAGAGUUAGGUAGCCUGAAAAAACACAGGGGACUGCACACCGGAGAGAAGCCAUACCACUGCUCCCAAUGUGAAAAUGCUUUUACCCAGGUAAGACAUCUGAAAAGACAUGAGAGGACACACACAGGAGAGAGGCCUUUCCACUGCUCUCUGUGCAGAAAUAGUUUUUCAGAGUUAGGGAAUCUGAAAAGACAUGAGAGGACACACACAGAAGAGAAGCCUUAGCAAUGCUUUCAAUGUGGAAAGAGAUUUACCCUAGUUGGGAGCAUGAAAAUACAUAAGAAAAUUCAUUCUGGAGAGAAGCCUCAUCAAUGCUCUCUGUGUGGAAAGAGAUUUACCUGGGUAAGGCGACUGAAAGAACAUGAAAUAAUCCAGACCUGAUAAAAUGUUCUCAAUACUCCCAGUGUGGAAAGAUAUUUACCCAGUUAGGGAAUGACCAUGAGGGAACACACAGACAAGAAGCCUUACCACUGCUCCCAGGGUGGAAAGAGAUUUCAAAUCACAUUGACCUAAAGUUCAUGAGAGCACACCCUCUGCUCCGACAUUUGACUUCUAUUUUUUAAAUGUGUUUUUUUAUUCCACAUGAACUAAAUUAUUUAUUUAUUUAAUUAAUUACCAUGAAUUGAAUAUAUAGUAUGUCUGUUUAAAUGUAGAGUAUGUCAGUCUGAAUGAAGACACUCUCAAACUCUGUCUCUGUGUGUUUUCUCUGUGUGUGUUUCGUCUGAGUGUCAUUCCUCCAGCACUACAGAUAAUCAAGUGAUAUUUGGAUGUGAUGCAUUUGCUCUAUUGUUUACAUCUGUAUCCUAUAGAGUGGCUAUAAGGGAAUAGUCUGUUCACAUCUAGACAGGACAUACAGGUAGUGGAGGAGUAUUAAUACCUGGGUGUUGUUCAGGGACA